AUGAGUCAGGCGGCGAACUCUGCUCGUCUCGAGGACCGCCGGCUCGCCCACCUCCGCACCUCCGCACCUCCGCACCUCCGCACCUCCCCACCCGCACGCACGACCCCACAACGCCACAACGCCACGACGCCGCGACGCCGCGACGCCACGACGCCACGACGCCACGACGCCACGACGCCACGACUGCGGAGACGGGCCAGACACACCGAAAGAGAAACGACGCACAACCACGACCGGCGGCUGCAAAUUGUCCGUCUCAACGCCACCCUGCCCCACCCGUACUCCUACCCACACACCGACAGACCGACAGACAGACAGACCGACAUACCAACCGGUCCAGCUAUUCUCUUCGUGGCCAAGCGAGCCGCUGCAGUGUUGACUGUCGCACUUUUACGACCCGCCAUU